AUGCAAGGUAACCCCGUGAGACCCGGCGCGAAAGCAGAGGCAGGUGGCACCAAGAAUGCUCCACACACUCCACAACGUCCAUCCGGUCGCAAGAGGCGUGACGACAGCAGUCCAGAGGAGGAUGGCGUACGCAAUGCCACCCGUGUUGCGCUGGCCUCCUCGUUCGCUGCAUGUGAUCCGACAGCGCGCUUGCUGCAAAACCCGUUGCUGUCUGGAGGGACCAUACCUCACUGGAUGUUCACCCGCGGGAGACCGCUGCUCGGGAUGACGGUGCCGGCUGGAGCUGAUGCGUGGGGAGAUACGAGAGGCCACGAGACGGUGAAGGCAGAAGAAGAAGAGGAUCUCGUGUCAGACACGGAGGACGAAGCGGAUGGUGACGACACGUGUGCAACGAAGUACACAGGAGUCAAGUUGGAGAAAGCAUCCGGCAAGUUCGGCGUAAAAAUCCUGAUCAAGGAAGGAGGAAAGCGUAAGCAACAGUGGCUGGGUGCAUACAACUCGGAGGAGGAGGCCGCGUUUGCGUACGCCGCAGGUGCGUUCGUCCUGAGGCCACGAGACAAGAUACCCAGCACAGUCAGUCUGUCAGCCGCAGAGAAGGCGAUGCUGCGUGGAUGCACCAAGGAAGAUCUGCAGCUCCUGGUGGAAGCGCGGAGGUGGUGGACGUGGCGGAGCUGGAGGGAGGCGCGGGAGGGCAUGAACUGGAAGCUGAAACGAGGGAGGAAGCGAGUGGUUGCCACAGGCACGUCAAAGAGGCAGAGGGUGGUGGAUAGCAACAACACGGCGGCCAACGAACCAGACGACCCUGACAAUGCUGAGAGUGGGGGAACGGCCCCUGUGAACAACGGCAGCGGCGGGUGUGCGCGGCACAAGGAAGCCGAAGAGGAUGACGGCACUGGUGCAGAGAGUGCUUCAUCGUCCGAGCGCAAUGAAGAGGACGGCGAGGCAGACUCAGACACAUCGGCCUCAGCCUCACCCGAAGAAUCCGGCGAACCUGCCACGGGAGGGAAGACGGCCGACGAUGGGUGUGCGGGAACCGCUUCACCCAAAGCAGACGGGCGCGAAAGUCGGGGCGCGCGGGAGACGGAUGUGUUUCGGGGCGAAGGCCGAGGACAUGUGGACGGGCAUGUCGACCGCGCAUGCGGGACCCCAGUGGACACCGACGGCGAUGACGUGCGCAUGUCGAGCAGGGUUCUCGAGCAACUCAUACGGGCUCAGGACAAGAGCGCCAAGGAGAACGCGCGGUUGGAGGCGCUGUUCUUGAAUGCAAUGGCGCAGCCUUCUGGUGGCUCUCGUAAGCGUAAGGCUCGGAAGCAGAGAGACCCGGAGCAGGGGUGCAUGAACCCGAAGCGUCAGCGCGGCGAGACAUGGAGCGGCGGGUCGGACGAUGACGGAGAGGACGACGAGGAAGAUACGCAUGGUUCUGGUGGUCGUCAUAUGCGUACUGCAAAGUCUCCUAUUCUGCAACGCGCGUUGGCGCAUCUGCCGACUGACAAGGCGUGGAAGAGGGUUUGCGAGCUGGCCCGAGUUCACAUGUUUCUCAACAGGCCUACGUCGUCGAUGACCUUCUACCCGAGCAGCGACGAUAAGACUCACGGAGUGUGCGCGGUGCUGGACCGCCUGCCUCACAGCUUCGCCUGUUUGGCGUUGGCGGCUGACAAGUCGCGACGAGCGGAUCUCAACAAGACGCUGUCGGAGUGGAAGACAAGGGCUGCCGCUCGCGUGCGAGACAUUGCACUUCCCAAGCUCGGCCUGUUCCGUGACGAGAGGGACGCAUACAGCCCGUGGGCACCUGAAAAGGAGCGUAGUAUCGAGAAGAUAAGGGAGCGCAUUGGGCUUGGCGCUGACCCCCCUGAAACUCUUGUGCUCACGAGCUGGGCGCACGACAGGGAUGGCAUGCCGUUUGCCUCCCGGGCGUUCGCAACAUGCGCGAAGGCUGCCUUCAAGCCGAAGAAGGCAGGGCUGGUGAUGACCCUUAAGGUGUACCACCUGGCCUGGUUGGAGCAUGUGGUCUCCGACUGCGUCCUCUACUGGGAGUCGCGGAAAGGCCGGCUCUCCAACUCGGCGGGCGGGAACGCCCACGUUGUGGAUGGGCUCAAGGUCCUGGUCAAGGAGGCCGUGGAGAGGGCGAUCCGUAUCCGCAACCCCGAGUAUGACGCGGAGCGCGAGGCGUGGAUUUGGGGGCGCCAUGGCCUGCGCAUAUCUGCGUGCGGCCUGGAGCACAUGAAGCCCACGGCCGCCGCCCAGUCCGAAGGCACCGUAGGGGAUGACGACCUUUCGGCGUCACUUGCCCAUCGUCACGCCUCCCGGAGGGGGCCCGUCGUUUCUGGGAGCCUCCCCUCGCCGCGCCUCCGCUCCCCUCGUCGCGCCUCCGUUCGCCUCGCCGCGCCUCCGCUCGCCUCGCCGUGCCUCCGCUCGCCUCGCCGCGCCUGCGCUCGCCUCGCCGCGCCUCCGCUCGCCUCACCGCGCCUCCGCUCCCCUCGUCGCGCCUCCGUUCGCCUCGCCGCGCCUCCGCUCACCUCGCCGCGCCUCCCCUGCCAUCAGCGCGCCACCACCCUCGUCGCGCUGCCCCUCCUCGCGCCUCCACUCCCGCUGCCCUUCUCCCACCUGCCCAUCCCUUGCCCUCGCUUCCCUGCCUUACCAUUCCCUCUUGUUACCUUCCCCUCUAUUCCCUCUGCUUCCCCUCAUUCCCCCCUCUUCUUCCCUCAUUUACUCCCCUGCUUCCUCUCGUUUUCCCCUCUGCUUCCCCUGGUUUCCCUCCUGCUUCCCCAAUUCCAGCCCCCUGAUUUUCCUAUUUUUAACCUCCUGCUUCCCCUAAUUUCUUCUUUUGCUUCCCCUCAUGUCCGCCUCUGCUUCCCCGCAUUUACCCCGCUGCUUCCCCUCGUUUCCCCCUCUGCUCUCAUCGUUCCCCCCCUGCUUCCCCUCAUCCCCCCCUCCCCCCUUCCCCUCAUUUCCCCCGCUGCUUCCCCUCAUGUCCCUCUCUUCUUCUCCUCAUUUCCCCCUCCGCUUCUCCUCAGUCCCCCCUCCGCUUCCCCUCCUUCCCGCCUCCGCUUCUACUCAUUCCCCCCUCCUCUUCUCCUCAUCCCGCCCUCCGCUUCUCCUCAUUCCCCUCCCCGCUUCUCCUCAUUCCCCCCUCCGCUUCUCCUCAUUCCCCCUUCCGCUUCCCCUUGUUUUCCCCUCUGCUUUCCCCUGUGCAGGGACUUCACAUUCUCUCUGUGCUUCUCUGUCCCCUGGUGGUGGACGAGGCCGACCGGCUGCUGCGCCAGUUCUACCACGACUGGCUGCCGCUCACCCUCGCCGCCGUCGCUGCUGCCCCUUUCUGGUGCCACUGCUGCCAUGUCAGCAGUCGCCGGCAUGCAUGCUGACGUGGCAGUGAGCGUGCCGGUUCUGUGCGGCGUCAUGCACAUACAUGGCAGUGGCAGCGUGAGCGGUGUUCUCCCCACUCCAUUCAUCCACGGCCUGCAAACUCUUCCCCAUAUCCUGCCACAGCCCCUGCCUGCCUUUCCCCCUUCCUCCCACACCACGCCGCACUGCCCAUGCCGCACUGCCGCACUGAAGGCAGUGUCGACAAGAGGCUGCCUCAAAGUUCCACCAGAAGAGAAGCCCAUCUUGCAGAGUGGAGUGGGCAGGUACCGCUCCGUGAGCGGUGUGGCGGUGGCGGGUUCGUCUUCGAUGGCCUGCCGCGCGGAAGAAGAGGGUGGGGGGCGGCAGGGCAGAGAAUGA